GCGGACAGUCCCUUGACGCGCUCUGGCUCCUGCGAGGCUUUGCUGCUGCUGCGAAAGUUGUUGCAGGGGGGAGGGGGCGGUGAGCAGCAGCCGCCAGGAAGGGGGGAGCGUGCGUGUUUCUCUCGUCAGCUCCUGCGGUGCUUUAUUAUCUGCUUCUUCGCAGCUUGUAAAGGGGAAGGAGGGGUCACCAACUCCGAUGAUACUUUGUCUCUUUCUGGGAAGAAGGGACAGAAGGUCACGUGUGUGUAGGGGGGCAAGUAGGGGGAUUUCUGCGAACGUUUCCACCCCCGGUUUCUGUGAUUUUUUUUUUUCAAGAUAGGGUGGGACAAAAUACAGGGGCUUGCUCUGGUGUAUGUGAUUUCCGCUGGCUUUUACUGAGAUUGGGUAAGAAAAAUCACACACCUGUGUGUGUGAGACCGUUGGCUCAGCUUUUCUGGUGAGGAUCCCACGACAAGUGUGUUUGCUCCAUGUCUCAAUAUGAAAGGGAGCCUCUUUUUUCCCCGCUAGUGACUUGGACAAUUUGAGACGUUCUGCUGAGCUUCUGGUACUCGGUAGCAAUUGCUUCAGCCCCCAGAGCAUCUUUUUGCAGCCUGGGGAUUGCGGUACAAUAGACAAAUAUAAUUUCAAACGCCAUCAGUUUACUAAUAAUCUUGAAUUACAAAAUUGGGUAGGACAACAUAAUGGGUUCAUUAACUUCCGUGGGAUUGUAAAAAUUUGUCGGGGGGGGGGCGGAGAGCAGUCAAGAGAUUAGUUUUUCAUGGUGUUUUUUUUUUAAACAACACGCUAUCACUUAGCAUUAGGAUUUUAACACUGUGGAAUAGUUUAAUGGCCACAUUUAACCGUGGUAUAAUUCUGCUGACUAUUGUGGACCUACACCAUACAUAAAAUUAGUUCAAAAGUGUUUUAAAACUCUAGUCUUAACACCUGUAUAGGAAAAAAAAUAAAAUAUCUAAUAUUUAUUAUAGCUCUUACACUUGCAAUAUAAAAUAACUUUUAUAAGAAACUGGGAAUUAACAUCCAUAAUUGACUUCCUGCCUUUAAGAGUGCAGUUUUUCUGUACUUACAUGGUAAAAGAAAUAUUUAUCUUCAAGCUUUGUCAGAUGUAAGUUUUCACCCAGAAGUAUUAGAGUGGGGAGUGAGGGGGAAGGAAAGGACCAGAGAAAGUUCUUUAAGUCCCCAUGUUGAAAUUCCACACAAAGUAGUAAACAAUCAGGAAUAAUAUCCAGUUUAGAAUUGUUCAAAAUGUCAUUCUUUUUAACUCAAAUUAUUUGAUGAAAUCAAUUUCUUUAUCAAAUCUGAUUCAAUUUUACUGUACCUGCAUUGUUUGCUUGCGCUCUGCCUCUAUAUAGUGGCUCUUUGAAAACUCAGGAAGUGUCACAAUUCUCAGGGCUCUGCCUUGACUGUUAUGAGAAGCAGAGUUAGGGGACUUUGUGGAGGGACUUUGUGAUUUUGAUUCUAUUGAUAUUAAUGUCCAUAAAUAUUAUUUAAUCUGUAUUGAAAAAUAAUAAUACAAUUGCUUGUCAUGUAUUUUCCAUAGAAUAAUUUUUAAGAUGUUCUCUCUUGGUUGUUGGACCUUCUUUUUUUUUUUAUGAGAGGAAUCACAUCUGGAUUUGAUAAUCCUGUCUGACCCUGGAGACACUUACUUCAAACUAACUUUAUCCCUUGUGCUUUAAAAUGUAUGGUUUGGUUAGAUAGCACUAAUAUUUUCAAAUACAAGAGUCUGCAGCAGAGUUUAGUUGACUGGCAUACUUUCCUUUUAUCCAAGCAGGUAAAUAUGUUUUGCCUACACUGGUUAAUGUAUAAUAGUAAGUAAAGCCUGAGGCCUGGGGGGAGGGGAGUGGAGACAGAAGAUGUAAAAUGGUCCGUUCCUUUUAUGAGAACAUUAAUAUUUUGUCAGUAAGUAACAGUUGUGAGUGUUCCCUACCAUAUUAUAAAAUGCACUAAACCUACACAACAGCUGUAAUAUCAGUCAAAAACACAAGUGAAACAUGUGGCUGAGAACCAUAUUGCCUACCUUACCAUCUAAUAUCCUAGGACCUACAUGACUACAGCACUACAAAAACAAGUGUUCAGAAACACAAAUUGUAAGAAAAUUAUUUCAAGUGAACAUACAAGUUAAUAAUUUUGCCCAGGACAACACAGACACCAGAAGAUUUCACUGAAAAGAUGCUAAUGUUUGACCCAGUCCCUAUCAAACAAGAAGCUAUGGAACCUGUUUCAGUGUCAUACCCAUCCAAUUACAUGGACCAAAUGAAGUCAAACAAACAUAGCGUCAUUUAUCCGACCCCAAAUAUGUUGCGUGAUACAUUCUAUCCAACCCCAGAAGGACUAUCUAAUGGAAUCCAAAUGGAGCCAGUUGAUCUUACAGUGAAUAAACGAAGCUCUCCACCUUCAACAGGAAGUUCUCCUUCUCCUCUGAAAUUUCAGACUAUCCAUAGAAGAGGCUCACCUGGAUUAUCUUUGUCCUCACCCAGCCCACCUUUGAAAAAAUUCACCACCCCACCUCCCCCAGGUGUUCAGCCUUUUCCCAUGCCAUUAACAAUCCCUCCAGUAAUGGCUGCUCUUUCACGUCAUGGACUUAGGAGCCCUGGAAUACUUCCAGUUAUACAGCCACUUGUGGUCCAGCCUGUUCCUUUUAUGUAUGCUCCACAUCUCCAGCAAUCUAUACUUAUGUCUACGGUUCUUACAGAAGAGUUGGAAAAUCCAAGUAGCAUGCCAGUGCCUGUAAUCGAAUCUUAUGAGACGCCCAUAUUGAAGAAAACAAUCAAAGUAGAACCAGGAAUUGAACCACUGAGGGCCGAGUUUUGUCCUGAACAAAUGUCUCCUACAAUGAUGACUUCCUUGUCUCCUCAGCAAGUGAUGUUGCAAGAGAAUCACCCCUCAGUUAUAGUUCAGCCGGGAAAGAGACCCUUACCUGUGGAGUCUCCAGACACACAAAGGAAACGCAGAAUACACAGAUGUGAUUAUGAAGGCUGCAACAAGGUCUAUACUAAAAGCUCCCAUCUAAAAGCUCACAGAAGAACGCAUACAGGUGAAAAACCAUACAAGUGCACCUGGGAGGGAUGCACAUGGAAGUUUGCUCGUUCUGAUGAACUAACACGACAUUUUCGUAAACAUACUGGAAUCAAACCCUUCCAGUGCCCGGACUGUGACCGUAGUUUCUCACGCUCAGAUCAUCUUGCUCUCCACAGGAAACGCCAUAUGCUUGUUUGAAUGUCUCUUCUCCCUCAACUCCCAUCACGCUUCCUUUUUUACAUGUUCAUUUUAAUCUGGAUUCAGCUGGACUGAAUCUCUGAGCUUAUACAAUAAAAGCUUCCAUAUGGUCAGUAAUAGAUGUUAUCUAACCCUGCUAUGUCCUUGCCACGGGUCAGACCUAAAGAAUGUGAAUGGUUUUUUUUCCUAGGGAUGCUUCCUGGAGACAGUAUGUGUAAUGUAUUCCUUUUUGAAUAAGGAAAUUUGUAAACUAACAACUUUGUUGGUUUUGCCAUAAAGUCAGCCAGCAUAUAUUGAUCAAUUAGUAAAUGUUAUUCAAUAUCCAGUCCUUGCCAGAGACUUUAUUUGAGCCCUGCAAAGGAUAUGCUCUUUUUUAAUGCUCAACAGUGCAAUGAAUGGACUUUCCAACAUUGCUGGUUACAGCAGCAUGUUUAAAGCAACACUUUUAGAAAGACACCUUCUCGCUGUAGAAAUCCACUCUGCCAAGACAGGUUAAUUAUUAUCAUUCACUCAGUAAAAUGCUCUCUUUACAUCAUGAAAGGUUAAAUGAUAACUGAUUUGGACUAAUGAAUAAUACUAUCUGAAGAAUCAUCAGCAGAAAUUGGUAUAUAUGCAUGAUUGUGCCUCUAACCCAAUGUCCCCUAUCUUUUGUAUUAUACUGUAGUACAUGAGUUUGUGUUUAUUGCAUGAUGUCUCCGUAGAUUCCUUAAAUGUGUGAUUCCUAUGUGACACUAUCUCUGUUUUGUGUGCAGCCGUACAGAUGGAACACACAUGGUACUUCUAUGACAGACAUUACAUUAUUUUCAUAGAGAGCUAUCAUACCUCAUUUCAGGGGUAAAGAUAUAUUUCUCAGUAAUCACUCCCCUGUAUUUCCUGUUCUUUAAUAAUUUCAUUGUACCUCAGAAACAGCAAUUGUUAUAUCAAAAUGCUCCAAACUGUACCAUUGUUGGAAAUGUGUGCCAAUUUGUUAACACUACAGUAUUUAAAUUUUAGUUCGCAAGAUUUUUUUAUGGCAAAAAUGGCAUCCAACUGGAAGCACAUCCUGUGAGAAAUUGAAUUGUGUAACUCUCUCAAGUGACGAGAGUAGACUUGAUUAGCCAUUUAAUGACUCUGUGAUUUGGUUUGUGGCUCUGUUGGUUUCUUGAUGGUAGGUGGGCCAAGAGAUCCCUUAGAUAUGUGUGUUGUAUUAAAAAACUGAGUCAGGGAGGUUCAAAUCCCAGUAUUUGUUAACAAAAUAAAAUAAAUACCCAGGUGUAAAGCAA